UUUAGGGAAAUUGCCACAAAUACCAUUUCUCUUGUACCACUUUUCAAUUAUACACUAACCAACUAUACUACCAAAUUUUUAAUGGUCAAAAUACAAUUGUACCCUUGAAUAGUUAUACAAUUGUAGCAGAUGUGGACAUGAUUCUGUUCUCCUUCUCCAUUGUGAGGGACCGUCUUGUCGAGGAGAUGCUGUUGCCGCUGCUCUACGGUGUGGAUCAGACGCGCGGCGGCGUCGGCUGGGGAGGACGAUGCGUUGCUCGAUUGGAGAUCAUCGGUGGCUGCUGGUGGCAGUGGUGGUGCAGAGGCAGCAACCGUUGGUUCAGAUUCCAUGGAAGCACUCUCUCUUUCUAUCUCUCUCUUUUUCUCCACUUCUCUCUCUCUCUCUCUCUCUCUCUCUCUCUCUCUCUCUCUCUCUCUCUCUCUCUCUCUCUCUCUCUCUCUCUCUCUCUCUCUCUCUCUCUCUCUCUCUCUCUCUCUCUCUCUCUCUCUCUCUCUCUCUCUCUCUCUCUCUCUCUCACUGUUCUCUACCUUGGGAACUGCAACGGAAGAGGCGGAGAUUUGGUAGAUUCGGAUCGAGGAUUUUUUUUGGGGGUCAGAGUAAAUCCGGUUUACAAUUUGUUUUCAGAACCGGUUGAAGUUAUCAAAUUGAGACCACCGGAGAAGCAGAAGAAGGAUGUUGUCAGUGACUCCGCCGCUGAUCGAUCCGGGACGACGAAGUCAACGGCAUGUUGGAUUCCCUAAAAGUGUUUGUACUUCAGUUAACGAGUGUAUGUGUCAUGGGAUACCAGAUUCUCGCCAGCUACGGAGUGGAGAUAUAAUAAACAUCGAUGUCACGGUUUACUUGGAUGGUUACCAUGGAGAUACAUCAAGAACUUUCUUCUGUGGAGAAGUAAGUGAAGGUUUUAAACAACUUGUACAGGUUACAGAGGAAUGCUUGGAGAAAGGAAUAGCCGUUUGUAAAGAUGGAGCAAGCUUCAAGAAAAUCAGCUUGUGCAUGUGCUUGGUGUUCAACUGAUAGAUACCGUGCUUUUGCUUUUCCACCAAAAGUAAACAAAAAUUUAAUGUCUAAGUAUGGAGUUUGAAUAUUUUGCAGGGCUGUAUCUCUGAAAAAUCAGUUUAUAAGCCAUUAUAAAUCAGUUUAUAAACC